AUGCGCAACCUCAAGAGCGUGCGUCUUCAGGAGACGCAAGUUGAGGGCCAACUUCCUUUGACUGCUACAGCUUGGGAUACUUCUUCCGAUUCGAUUAUUUGCACCUUUGGUCCGUCAGAGGAGAAUGCAGUCAUUGAGUUGCGCAGGAAGCGCCCCGAGGUGACUUCCGCGGAGCCUUUGAGCACGGAUGUAUUUGAGUGCCUCGCAUCCUGGGAUGCGCCUAGUCCUUUACCAGACCUGGCAUGUGACCGCGUGCUUUCCUUGCAUUACUUUGCCGAUAACCUUUCAGCCUGUCUAGUGCUGGAGGGCGGUGAUAUUAUCAUUGUGCGCGAAGAACCCCUCCCCGGCGAGGACAAGAUUGAAAUCUUAGGCUCUGUGGAUAUUGGAAUCACCGCUGCUGCAUGGUCCCCGGAUGAGGAGCUUCUAGCUAUUACGACGAGAGCUCGGACGCUUCUGUACAUGACUCGGGAGUUCGAGAAUGUGGCCGAGAUCACCUUCACCGAGGCAGACUUGAAAGCUUCCCAGCAUGUGUCUGUUGGCUGGGGUAAGAAAGAGACCCAGUUCCAGGGCAAGAGAGCCAAAGCUAUGCGCGAUCCCACCGUGCCAGAGCAUGUAGAUGAAGGAAAAUUGAGCAGUAACGACGAUGCUAGUACUACUAUCACCUGGCGCGGCGACGGCGCUUAUGUUGCCGUGAACAGCGUCGAGGAAGGAGCUCGUCGCGCUAUUCGAGUUUACUCGAGAGAGGGUGCUAUUGAUAGCGUCAGCGAACCCGUGGAUGGGCUCGAGAGUGCUCUUAGCUGGCGUCCAAGCGGGAGCCUCAUUGCUGGAAUCCAGCGGUUGGAUGACCGGAUCGAUGUUGUGUUUUUCGAGAGAAAUGGUCUUCGUCACGGCCAAUUCACUCUCCGUCUGACAGAGGAGGAACGGCAAUCAUGGGCCUCGCAGAUCCAGCUGUCAUGGAACGUCGAUUCAACCGUGCUCGCUGUUAGGUUCAAGAAUCGUGUCCAGCUCUGGACUACGGGUAAUUACCACUAUUAUCUCAAGCAGGAGAUUCCAAUAGUGGUCAAAUCUGAUUCUAAGCACCCAUUCUCUUUCGAAUGGCACCAAGAGAAGGCCCUCCGCAUGGUUAUCGGAUCUGCGAGCUAUAUUCUGGAUAUUGAUUACGUUUUCGACAUCCAUCAUGGCUCCACUGUGAUUCCUGAAGAUGUUGGAGCUGCUGCCGUGAUUGAUGGGAAACUUCUGAAGCUCACGCCCCUUCGAAUGGCCGGGGUCCCACCUCCAAUGGCUCACAAUGAUUUGCUUCUCGACUCCAACAUCAUCGAUGUUGCCUUCAGCAAGUCGGGCGCUCGUAUUGCGGUCCUCACGGAGAGGAACUUUUCUGUUUUCCUGUGGUCUCUCAAGAGCCGCCCGGUCCCUAUGCCAAUUCUCGAGUCUAGCUAUCCUCUGUCCGAUGCCCCGGCUAUGCGGUCCAGGCAAAUUGCGUUCGUUGGCGAAACGGAGGUGUAUGUGCUUAAGGAUAAUGGUCCUAACACUGACCAUAUUGAGCGGACCACUCUGGAGACCAGAGACUCUCGAGUCGUGUACCAGUCAGUGGAGCCAGAGCAAAUAUCCUCGAUCUUUGCCGGUGUCGGACACCAUUCUUUGUGGUUUUCACACGCUCCUCAGCAUGGACGCCCGGUCAACUAUUCCAGCAUCGGUCUCGUCGAGGGAGAUGAAGUCGACAUUGCUCCUUGGCUGGAGGGCCCUACUGUUGAUACACACUGGGCCCGUGCUGUAUCAAUUAGCGAGGAAGAGUGCGUUUUGAUCUCCAUGACGAGGACCGGUACAUUGUACGCCAAUAAGCGAGUACUCGCAAAGAACUGCACAUCCUUCCUGGUGACCUCGGCGCACCUGAUCUACACUACAUCGCAACACUUACUGAAAUUCAUUCAUCUGAACCAUGUGGACGAAAUGGAGGUCCCAGAAGAUACACCCGAAACUGAUGAGCGCUGCAGAAGCAUUGAGCGUGGCUCGAAGCUGGUCUCGGUCAUUCCCUCAAUCUUUGCCGUUGUUCUUCAGGCACCCCGAGGAAACAUCGAAACCAUCUACCCCCGCGCCCUGGUCUUGGCUGGUAUUCGCACGUUCAUCGACCGGAAGAACUACCGGGCUGCUUUCAUGGCAUGUCGUAGCCAGAUGGUGGACAUGAACAUUCUCCACGACUAUGCCCCCAAACAGUUUAUGGAGAGCGUCCAGCUCUUCAUUGAGCAGGUCAAAAAGAUCGAAUUUAUCGAUGACUUCCUCUCACGCUUGAAAGAGGAAGAUGUUUCACAGACUUUGUAUAAGGACACCUUGAGGAUAUCCAAGACUGAAUCUGCGGUUGUUGCUCAACCCGAUCCUCAACCUUCUCCGGGUUUGAUCAAACAGCCCAGCAAGGUCAGCAAAGUCAACGCCAUCUGUGAUGCUUUCCUGGCGGUCCUUCACAACCGUGUGGAUAGCAACCUACAGAACCUGGUGACCGCACAUGUGUGCAAAUCCCCGCCCGAUCUGGAUGCCGGUCUGGGCCUGGUUGCUCACCUCCGAGUGCAAAACCCCGAGCAGGCGGAUGAUGCUGUUGAGCACAUGUGCUUUUUGACAGAUGCCCGCCAUCUUUACUCCCAUGCCUUGGGUUUGUAUGAUCUCGAGCUGACUCUCUUGGUUGCUCAACAAGCGCAGAUGGACCCUAGAGAGUAUCUCCCAUUCCUCCGAAAACUGCAGACGCUUGCCGAGACUCGGCGCCAAUUCGAAAUUGACAACCAUCUUUCUCGAUUCGCUAAGGCUCUGAAACACUUGUUCGCCAUCAAUGCUCACGAGGAGAUCCGCACCUACGUUGUUCGCCACGUUCUAUAUAAAGAGGCUCUUGAACUCUACAAGUAUAACCCCGAGGAACAGAGAGAGAUCACACAACUAUAUGCCGACUAUCUUCAAGGGGACUCGAAACACAAGGAUGCCGCAAUCGCUUAUGAAUCACUCGGGAUUUACGACCAGGCCUACCAAUGCUACCAUGUGGCUCAUAUGUGGCGCGAAUCGCUAUAUUGUGCGAUGAUGGCCGACUUGUCACCAGAAGCCCUCACUGCUCACAUCAACGAUGUCGCCACAAACUUGGAGGAUGAAGCACGCGACUACGUUGGAGCAGCAACCAUUUACGCCGAGCACCUCAACGACAUCGUCACCGCUGCCCGGCUCCUGUGCCGCGGCUCCAAAUUCGCCGACGCCGCCCGCCUCCUGACGCUGAACGGCAAGAAGGACCUUGUUGAAGAAAUAGUAGACACCGGAUUAGCGGAGGCAAUGGGCUCCAUGACCGAUUUGCUCGCUGACUGCAAGAACCAGCUCAAUGCCCAGGUUCCCCGAGUUGGCGAACUCCGCGUGCUUCGCGCCGCCGACCCUCUCGCUUUCUACGGAGGUGACCCAACCGGAGGCGAGGGUGGUGUCGAUAUCCCCGACAAUGUCUCACUUGCUCCCACCGAAGCUACCACUCUGGCUGGUCGUACCAUGUUCACCCGGUAUACGGGUAAGACAGGGGCAUCUCGGCAGACGUCUCGCACGCGCCGUCGUGAAGAGCGCAAGCGUGCCAAGGGAAGAAAGGGUACUGUCUACGAAGAAGAAUACCUGGUCAACAGUAUCCGACGACUCAUUGAGCGUGUUAACUCGGCCGUGGCCGAGGCGUCGGCUCUGGUGGAUGCAUUGCUCCGUCGUGGUAUGCGGGAACGUGCAGCAGCCGUUGAUAAGGCGUUGGAGGAUGUCUUGAAAAUGUGUGCAGAUUGCCGAGACGACGUGUUUGAGGUUCCACAGGUGGAAAACAAGAAUCAGGAGGAUGAGGAUGGAACCCCGAUCGAGCCUCCUCCCCCGCUUUCCGGUGGUGCGCGCGUUCUUGCAGAGAGUCUAGGCAUUGUGACGGGCGGCAUUCCUAAAGCGGUGCCUGUCGUUAAGGAGAUGAGCAAAUCGUCUUUGCUUGUUUAA